AUGGCUCGCGAAAACUGUGUUACUCUCACUGUGAGAGAUACACAGUUGAUGAUAAACAUUAUAAAGACUCUGAGAAGCAAUGUGACAACUGUAAAGUUUGAUCCUGGUCUCAGACACGGUCACACGGUCAGUCUAGGCGGUACGAGGGUGAGACUUGGCGUUGGUGUUUUGAAACAUCAAAGAUGGACAGGGUUUUCGCGGAGGUCGCUCCUCGGAUAUCUUCACAACUACAGGUCAGGGGUCUUCCAAAAUCGAGAAGAUUGA